AUGGCUGAAAGGACCGGAGCGAGAAUCGCCGGGGUCUGUAGCGUCAAGGGUCAGGUAGAGACAUGGCUUGUAGACUCUGGAGCCACGUCACAUGUGAUGACUCGCGAAGCUCUGCGCAGGUAUGAAGUUGUUCGUGUCCACAGUACUUUCCCGAAACUCUGGUCUGCUGCCGAAGAGCAGAUACCCACGUACGGCCUUGUAGAUCUCCGAGUACAGUUUGGCAAGUCUCGAUUCGUAGUAACAGAUGUGAUCGUAGCUGAAGUUUCUUUCUGUGUUUUGAGCUCAUUUGCAUUGGCCCAGCACGAUUGGGUGACGCAUUUGAGCAAAAGAGCCUCGUCCUUGACAAGGGCACCUGCGAAAGGUCAGAUUCGACAGAAGGUUCCCCUCAAGAUGGAGAAGCGCGCAUGGUGGGCGAUGGCCCAGCUGAAGGAGAAGGUGCCAGAACAUCCAGAUUUGCCGGCUCUUUUGAGUGAGAUUGGAAGGGCUAGAUCAGAGAAAAUGGAGGUUGAUGGCGCGAUUAGUUCAGUAGCUAACGUUGUUGCUUGUCCAGAAGAUUGCGGAAGGACGGAUGCUCAUGAUUCCAAGCCUGGCGGAAAUGCUCAUCUUGCCAACCCGCCGCAUGGAGUUGCGGGAACACGCGAGCCCAAGAAGUCUCCAAAGAUCGAUGCGAAGGAAUGUGCUGCUGUGAAGUCCAUUCUGCGUCAGAGCAACACAUGUUUGGACAGUUCUGUGCCAUUUCACCACAUGUUGAGAGUUUUGCGAUCGGACGUGAGUGCAUCGAAGUGUUCGCAAGACGAGCGCUGCAGCUUACAUCAUGACGUUCAUGAGAUAGGGCCUGUGCUGGAGCAAGCGAGCUUGAAGGAGUGUGCGUCCGCAGCUGUUUUUCAACCACCGUCAACGUCAAACCCCAUCUUGAACAACGAGUUGGAUGAAGCAGACGUGUUUUGUAACCAGAGCUUGUUUUUGCAAACUUGCGAGUUGGAACAUGAAGAGCUUAUUGCACAUGUUGAAAAUUCACGCUGCGAAGACAUGUUUUCCACGGUUUCGUUUUCUGAGCUGGAAAAACCGUUUUCACACACCCAGCAGUUUGGUAGCAUCGACGACAGUACUUGUAGCAACAGCAUGUUUGCAAGAGUUUCAAUGCUUCAGGUCGACAAAGCCACUUUUCAACCGGACAUGCCUUGCCAAACCAACAGAACCGCUGAUCGCAUGUUUGAGCUUUCCCAAGCUGAGCCGUUGCAUGACGUAGAUGUUGUUUUGGCAGAAGACGUGACUGUAUGCGCCUCAUUGUCUCAUGCGGUGCAGGGUUUAGGAAGUUUAGGAAGUGCGCCUCAAGGCAACUGUGCUGCUUGGUUGCGUGGAUUGACAGAACCAUCUUUUCACGAAACGUCCGAGCCCAGACUCCGAGGACUGCCACAAGUGAUUGACGUUGAGCCUCAAAGUCCCGCAAGCGUCGUUGCAGAACCGUCUGCAAGCUCAGAUCCGAAAGGCCUUGAGAGGCCAUCGGGAGGAAGUGCAGAAGCUCAGGGUUUGCCACCUGAAGACCUGUUUGAAGAUGAUGUUGACUUAGAGGGCAAAGCGCUUGAUGCACAUCGGGCGCGAGGCCAUUUUUCGUUCAUGAGAGAGUGUGUUGAGUGCCGAGAGUGUAAGGGGAUGAUUCCUGCAAGAAGUCGUCGUAGUAAGGCUGCUGAGGAGCAUCUCGGUGUAGCUGCGGAUUUUGUUUUCUUUGGGCGUCUUGUUCGGAUUGCCUUGUUUUUAGCCCUUGGAACCGGGAUGAUCUGUGCAUUCCGGGUUGAGAAGUCAGAAGCGUUCAACAUAACUCAAACAGUCUUAGCCUUCAAAGAGCUUGGAGGCACCGGUCGCUCAGUUGAGUUCCUCAGUGAUUGUGAUGAUUACCUGAUCAAAUUGGUUAGGGAAGCGUCAAAACGAGAAACUUUUGGUCCGAAAGGGGUGAACUUUCGACCUGCUCCUGUAGGGAGGCCACAGUACAAGGGUCGGAUUGAGCGUAUGGUUCGAACCUUCAAAGAAGGAGUGAACGUGAACUGGGUUCAACUGGAGAAGGCCUUGGAGGCUAAGAUCUCCUACGAGGCCCCUUUGAUGUCUCACAUGGUGCGUUAUGUUUCACGGUGUCAGAACAUUCACAACAAGAUGAGUGAUUCAGGCAUGUCGCCCUUGGACCGGUUGCGAGAGAAGUGUGAAUCACCUGUUCCUGUCACUUGGCCUUUUGGGGUGAUUGGAUUUGCGAAGCCUUGUCAUCCGCAAAGGUUGCCUUACCGGGGGAAGCGCCUCGUGUCGUCUGUGUACUUGGGUCCGUGCGCCUCCGUUGGGUCUGGCUGUGUGUGCUUACCGCUGGAAGGGGACUACGAAAGUCCACGCCAAGUGGACGAGUUUUCUGUUUUUCGGCCCGCUGUUCCGUUUGCUUGGUCCAGAGCUGGGAUUGAGCCAUUGGCUAUUCCGCGUCCCGUCCGCGCUGCUUCCGAUGGACCAAGGGGUGAUGAUGCGGUAGAAGGCAAAAAGGGUCUGCUCAAACGUAGGCGGGAGAACCCAGAGCCGCUGUCAGUUGCAGAAGCCCCGGAUUGUACACAAGAUGUUGAGUUGACUGAUAUAGAAGACUUGGCAACGAAAAAUGAGCCACGAAAUUUGCAUGAAGACUUCGAUGAUCCCAUGUACUCUCCUUCGUUACCACCUGAAGAGGACCCUAACCUCGAUCUCCCUCCGCUCGAGCUGUCACAGACUGGGACGGCCGAUUCUGAGACACCGGAUUUCAUGGAAGUUGACGGGGGUUUGUUUAAAGGUUUGGAGUCGGUUGAGCAUUUUGCUCUGAAGUUCGGGAGUUUGUUGAGUGAGCCCAAUGACGACGAUACUGUGUUGAAGUAUUGGUGGGAUGAGCAACUGCAUGCGUUUUUGUCCCGUCAAGACACAUGGCAGCUUCAUGACACUCUUGGGGCUAGCAACGCUCAUGAUGGCAGAAGUUUUGAGAUCAUGUUUGGCGGAAAGAAACUCGAAGUCCUAGUUCCUGUAUGCGCGUGGGACGAAAUCACAGGUCUCAGAUUGGAUCGGGGUCAAGUGGAAUCGGGUCUUCAAACAGAAAUGCAAGCUCUUGAAAAACUAGGUGUAGGCAUUUCUUUGUCAGAGUCUGAAGCCGUCAAGUUCGCUAGGGAACAUAGAAUACCGAUCUUGUCUAGUCGAUGGGUCAUGAGCCAAAAGACUGACGAUAUCUGCAGGUGUCGUUUGGUAGUGAAAGAUUUCAAGACUAAAGGGGAAUCAGCUUUGUAUGAAGGUUGGUACAGUCCAACAUCAAGUGUGGAGGCCCUCAGGAUUGCCGUUGCCAUAGCGUCUCAGCGAGGGUACUGCCUAGGAACACUGGACAUUUCGACUGCUUUCAUGUUCGCGAGCUUAGAUGCAGGUGAUACUGUUCUAGUUCGCCUCCCCACGAACGUCUUGCAUCAGAAACAACGGGUAGUGACAUCCUUGAAGAAGGCCAUGAACGGCCUCCGAAAGGCACCAUUGCUUUGGUUCAAAGAAGUAAAAGGGUGUUUGUACGAAGGUGGUUUUUCGGACACGUUUGAAAGCACAGUGUUCCGGAGAUCGGAGGCUAACGGAGAUAUCACAAUCAUUGUACUGUAUGUUGACGAUGUGUUGAUUGUCGCGUCUUCCGAAGGAAUCGUGCUGGAGAUCUUUGAGUUGUUUGAGCGUCGCUACCGAGUCAAGCGAACCGGUUUGUUGAGGCGAAACGAGAUUGGGAGCAUCAAGUUUCUUGGAAGGGUUGUGUACCGAGAACAUCGUCACGGAAAGCUGCGGCUAGGGUUAUGCACUAGCUAUGCUGAGAGCCUUUUUGCAGAGUGGCCUGAAAAGUUGAAGAUGUCAGACGGUUUGCCUAACUUGGAGAAGCUGUACAAAGAAACGGAGCUCAAGGGACAGGCUGAGCUCACGGAAGAUGCAAAGUCAAGGUUUAGGCGAACAUUGGGCCAGCUUGCAUGGAUGAGCAUCACUCGGUCCGAUUUGGCAUUCCCAGUUUCUUUCUUGUCUCGGUUUCAGUCGUCGCCAAAUCCUGCUGCUGAGAGUUGCUUGCGAGCUGUUUUGCGAUGGAUGAGGUCCCGAAUGACGGUCGUUCAAGAGUUUCCAGCAGGAGAAUCAAGGCCAGAGGUAUUGCAGGCUGGUUGUCACAAGGUCCUGGCUUAUGUGGAUUCGUCGUGGUCGGAUCCCUCGGUGUCGGGAUGUUUGGUGAUGUGGUUCGGUUGUUUGAUCCGUUCUUUCUCUCGCAAACAAGAAGUUCCGGCAUUGAGCUCACCAGAAUCUGAGCUGAUGGGUCUGGUGGAGGCCCUCAAAGAAAGCAUGUCAGUGGCUAUCUUGGCAGAGUCUGUUUUGUAUGGCAUUCCCAUGGCAAGUUCCGGCCAGCCAGCAAACGAGUUCUCCAGUUUCGCUAUCGAGCUGUAUACCGACAACCGUAGUGCACAGUCAAUUGCCCAGAUGGUAGGUCUUCUAAGAAGAGUGCGUCAUUUACAGCUUAGGGCGAGCUUCUUGCAGUACUGUGUGCAACAUGGCUUGGCGAUAGUUUUCUGGAUUGCUGGGGUCGUGCAUGGCGCUGAUGGCUUAACAAAGACACCAACAAAAGACAUGCUUGUGAAUCUUUUUCAAACAGCAGGCUUUGUUUUGGUUGAAGCUUUGCAGCUGGGAAAUACCGCAUGUGAGGGACCAGCCGCCGUAGAGUGUCCUGAAAGAUCGGUGUAUUGUGAGGUUGCUCAGGCGCAACAGAUCCCGGACGGUCUUGAACACCGCUCUUCACAGUUGCCUCUGGUAGGUAAAAAGGUCAGCUUUAGCCCAGACAGGAAUACAGUGGAGGAGUUUGUUUCGACUUGA